CUUGUAACAGGAUUUGGGUUUUAUCGAUCGGAUUAUGACUGAUCAUCCGCGCAAAGCUCCGUCCACGCGCGUCAAAGAUUGUUUGGUGUUUAGUUGGCUUGAAGUUUAAGAUCGCUGAAAACUCUAACAGACAUUUUUCAUUUGCUCGCGCGCAUAUGAUAAAAUAGUUUGUUUAUUUUUGGAAGUAAGACAUUUGCAUCCACUUUAAAAAGGAUGCACCCAGAAAGCAAUGAUAAAACUGUAGAAGGAGGCAGCGGGACCCCUGUUCCGGAGGUACAAGAGACGGGACACGCCGUCCUGCCCUCUUCCUCUGCAACAAUGCAAAACCCAGAGAACAAAGAGGAAUAUGAGGAAUCGGAGCAUAAAAUUGUCCCGGAGGACAGCACGGUUCAGCUGAUACAGACCGACUGCCCUGACAAGCGUCCGGCGACGCCGCCCGGCGCGCAACCGGGACGCGGGUUUAAUCCGCCCGAGGGAGGGUUCGGAUGGGUCGUGGUGUUCGCAGCAACCUGGUGCAACGGCUCGAUAUUUGGCAUACAGAACUCGUUUGGUAUUCUGCACGCGAUGUUGGCGAAUGAGCACGAGAAUUCCACGGUUCAUACGGAUCAUACGUCCCAGUUGUCCCAGUUUAAAGUGGCGUGGGUCGGAGCUCUGGCGAUGGGAAUGAUAUUUUUCUGCUCUCCUGUGGUCAGUAUGUUUACUGAUCAUUUUGGCUGUCGGAAGACGGCUGUCUGUGGAGCAUUCGUGGCUUUCCUUGGUCUGCUCGCCAGCUCAUUCGCAAACACGCUGGCUCUUCGAUACUUCACAUAUGGAAUACUGUUCGGCUGUGGAUCCUCAUUUGCGUUUCAGCCGUCUCUGGUGAUACUGGGGCAUUAUUUCCGAAAACGUCUGGGGCUGGCCAAUGGCGUCGUGACUGCAUGCAGCAGCCUCUUCUCCAUGGGUCUUCCCGUGCUGCUCGAGAAAGUGGUGGGACCGCUGGGCCUCUCCAGAACCUUCCAGACCCUCAGUCUCUUUAUGCUGGUUCAAACGCUGCUGGCUCUUACCUUCCGUCCACUCAUGCCGAGCGGGGUGUGUCCGAUGUCAGGGAUGGGGAUGGAAGGAGGCACAGCGUCCGGCUCAGAGUCGAUGAGCAGGUGGCAAAGGGCCCUGAUGAAAAUGAAAAAGUACUUUAACGUACGAGUGUUCAGAGUGCUGGCCUAUCGGCUGUGGGCAUUCGGCGUCGCCACGGCUGUCCUGGGAUACUUUGUGCCGUACGUACACCUGAUUAAAUUUGUAAAGGAGCAGUUUGGAGAAACUCAGAAAGAGUGGAUUCUGCUCGUAUGUAUCGGAGCUUCGUCUGGGGUCGGCCGACUACUUUUCGGAAAGAUUGGAGACCUCAUACCCGGAGUAAAGAAAAUCUACAUGCAGGUGGCCUCAUUCAUAAUCCUGGGUGUGAUGUCCAUGCUGAUACCUAAGUGUACAGCGAUUGAAGGUCUGGUUGUGGUUCUUGUAAUCAUGGGGCUUUGUGAUGGCUGUUUCAUCACUAUUAUGGCUCCCAUCGCCUUUGAGUUGGUAGGGCCCAUGCAGGCGUCUCAAGCCAUCGGUUAUCUACUCGGUCUAAUGGCCAUACCAAUGACAGCAGGACCACCUAUUGCAGGCCUUCUCCACGACCAUUUCAAGAACUACCACGUGGCAUUUUAUUUAGCCGGUGUUCCGCCGAUGGUCGGGGGCAUCGUGAUGUUUUUUGUGCCUCUGGUGCACCAGCGCAUGCAGAGACGGCGCAAAGACACACAUAACCCGAGUCUUGACAAGAUGCUAAAGACCUGCUCGAAUGGAGAAAUGCUGCCUGGAUACACAGACAUGGAAACACACAUAUAAAGCCCAAAGCCACACAAAGGUACACCUGAAGAAAUACACAGUCCGUAAUUUGGAGGGCUAGAUUAGAUUUUGCAUCCCUGAUUAUUAAUGUGGUCCCCGAUGUUUUUGAAAUACAAAUAAUGCCAAAUACAGCUUUUUGGACAGCCCGAAAGCUGAUGGAUGAAAUGGGAGUCACGGCGAACUGCUGUUUUCUUCUCUGUCUUUCCGUCCCUCUGCAGGGAUUCAUCUCACCAGCACCUGUGGUCUGUGUUUAUGUGACGUAUUUCCUUUUUGCUUUGCUCGAAUUAAACACAAAGUCUUGAGAUUCCCUCAUGCUCUUCUAUUCUGGGGAGAUCUGCUAAUCCAUCAGAGAACUUAAAAGCGUACACCUUCACUGCCGUUCCUCCGGUUAACCCAGAGAAGAACCUAAGCUUGUCGAUUUCCUCCAAGCAAAGAGGGAUUUAACAGCGGCCUCGUGUAGUUCUGGAGUGAAAACCUCAUAAAUUCAGGACAGAAA